UUUGCGUGCGUGAAUCUUCUUAAGAUAUCCUGGAUAAAUAUUAACUUCUUGUUUAUCAGGUUUUCCACUUAGACCUACAUCUUUCUCAAGAAUUUGCUGACAGGGAUUCAUCACAUAAUGAAUAAGACGUUUAUCGCAGAAGCUACGGAAGAAGAUGCUUUGAAGAGAACAUCUACUCUUGAGGAUAAGGCAACAUGUGUCGAUCAUCCAGGAAAAGGGAUAGCUGAUCUCCAUAAACACUUCUCAAAUCGAUUUAAAUUGUAGUAUUGCAUGGAAUAACUUCAUCAAUAUGCAAAAAUAUAACAUUGGUUAUCAUGUCAUACACCUACAAUCAUUGACCAGGAUUGAUCCGAAAAAGGAACUUAUCGCAGGUGUAGGAGAUGUUAUGAAGACAAUACAUUUAUAUCCUUGAGGAUGAAAAAAUUUGUGUCAAUUAGGUGGAAACAAAGUAAAUCUAAAUGGGAAGUUACUCAUUCAGAUCGGUUUAAUUUGUAGUUUGCAUGACACGACUUCACAAAUAUGCUUGACAAUUACAUCAACUUUUGGUUAUCAACCUACAUCUUUCUUUGGCAAUCGUUAUAGCGACCGGGAUUGAUCACAUCAUGAACAAGGCGCUUAUUGCAGCAGUGAAGGAAGGGGAUGUUGUGAAGACAAGAUCCAUUCUUGAGGAUGGGACAAUUGAUAUAAUCCAGGAAGGGGUAGAAGAUACAGAUGGGAAGACAAUCCUCCACAUUGCUUCAGAAGAAGGGCACAUCGAGUUGGUAAAAUACAUCAUUGGCGUGAGGGAUAAAUUUAUUAAGCAUAGCGGGAAUGAUGGCAAUCGUCCUGAAGAUGAGUCUGAGAGUCGUCUUCGGAAUCUCGCUCAAUAUCUGGAUAUCAAUGAGAGUGAUAAAAAUGGUUAUACACCUCUCUACCUUGCCUCACGGUUCGGUCAGUUAGAUGUGGUUGAGUGUUUAGGCAGACAUGGGGCAGAUGUAAACAAAGCAACAUCAGAUGGCGAUACACCCCUAUGUAUUUCAUCAAAUAAAGGUCAUCAUGAUGUAGUUGAAUGUCUCGUAAGUUCAGGGGCAGAUGUAAAUAAGGUGGGGAAGAAUGGAGCAACACCUCUACAUUAUGCAUCAGACAAUGGUCAUUAUGACAUUGUGAAAUAUCUCAUUUCUCAAGGAGCGAACCUGAAUAGUGUGGAUCACCUUGGCCAUGCGCCUCUACACCUAUCUUCAGAGAAAGGUCACUUUCAUAUUGUAAAACACCUGAUUGCUGAGGGUGCAAACAUCAAGGCAGAAAAUGAUAGGGGGAUUUCACCACUCUAUGUGGCUGCACAGGAAGGUCAUUAUGAUAUCUUGGAAUAUCUAGUGAAUGCAGGAGCAAAUGUCAAUAUAUCGAAUGAAGGUGGAUGGACACCUCUUCAUAUGGCGUCACAGAAUAAUCACAUAGAUAUUGUCAAAUAUCUCAUUGCUGAGGGUGCAAACAUUAACGCAGAAUGUAUAUAUCAGAUCUCGUCCAUAUAUCUGGCUUCAUGCAAUGGUCAUCUUGAUAUUGUUAAAUGUCUGGUGAAAGCAGGAGCAGAUGUCAAUAAAUCCGAUGAAGAUGGAUGGACACCUCUUCAUGUGGCGUCACAGAAUAAUCACAUAGAUAUUGUAAAAUAUCUCAUUGCUGAGGGUGCAAACAUUAACGCAGAAGGUAAUAACCAGGUCUCAUCAAUCUAUCUGGCUGCACGUGAUGGUCAUCUCGAUAUUGUUAAAUGUCUGGUGAAAGCAGGAGCAGAUGUCAAUAAAUCGGAUGAAAAUGGAUGGACACCCCUUCAUAUGGCGUCAGAAAACAAUCAUAUAGAUAUUGUAAAAAAACUCAUUGCUGAGGGUGCAAACAUUAACGCAGAAAGUAAUAACCAGGUCUCAUCAAUCUAUCUGGCUUCAAAGAAAGGUCAUCUUGAUAUUGUUAAAUUUCUGGUGAAAGCAGGAGCAGAUGUCAAUAAAUCGGAUGAUCAUGGAUGGACACCCCUUCAUAUGGCGUCAGAAAACAAUCAUAUAGAUAUUGUAAAAAAACUCAUUGCUGAGGGUGCAAACAUUAACGCAGAAAGUAAUAACCAGGUCUCAUCAAUCUAUCUGGCUUCAAAGAAAGGUCAUCUUGAUAUUGUUAAAUUUCUGGUGAAAGCAGGAGCAGAUGUCAAUAAAUCGAGAGAAGGUGGAUGGACACCUCUCCAUACGGCGUCACAGUAUAAUCACAUAGAUAUUGUAAAAUAUCUCAUUGCUGAGGGUGCAAACAUUAACGCAGAAAGUAAUAAUCAGAUCUCAUCAAUCUAUCUGGCUUCAAUGAACGGUCAUCUUGAUAUUGUUAAAUGUCUGGUGAAAGCAGGAGCAGAUGUCAAUAAAUUCGAUGGAGAUGGAUGGACACCUCUCCAUACGGCGUCACAGGAUAAUCACAUAGAUAUUGUAAAAUAUCUCAUUGCUGAGGGUGCAAACAUUAACGCAGAAACUAAUCAUCAGGUCUCAUCAAUCUAUCUGGCUUCAAAGAAAGGUCAUCUUGAUAUUGUUAAAUUUCUGGUGAAAGCAGGAGCAGAUGUCAAUAAAUCGGGUGAAGGUGGAUGGACACCCCUUCAUAUGGCGUCAGAAAACAAUCAUAUAGAUAUUGUAAAAAAACUCAUUGCUGAGGGUGCAAACAUUAACGCAGAAACUAAUCAUCAGGUCUCAUCAAUCUAUCUGGCUUCAAAGAAAGGUCAUCUUGAUAUUGUUAAAUUUCUGGUGAAAGCAGGAGCAGAUGUCAAUAAAUCGAGAGAAGGUGGAUGGACACCUCUCCAUACGGCGUCACAGGAUAAUCACAUAGAUAUUGUAAAAUAUCUCAUUGCUGAGGGUGCAAACAUUAACGCAGAAAGUAAUAAUCAGAUCUCAUCAAUCUAUCUGGCUUCAAUGAACGGUCAUCUUGAUAUUGUUAAAUGUCUGGUGAAAGCAGGAGCAGAUGUCAAUAAAUCGGAUGAAAAUGGAUGGACACCUCUUCAUGUGGCGUCAGAAAACAAUCAUAUAGAUAUUGUAAAAAAACUCAUUGCUGAGGGUGCAAACAUUAACGCAGAAAGUAAUAACCAGGUCUCAUCAAUCUAUCUGGCUUCAAUGAACGGUCAUCUUGAUAUUGUUAAAUUUCUGGUGAAAGCAGGAGCAGAUGUCAAUAAAUCGAGAGAAGGUGGAUGGACACCUCUCCAUACGGCGUCACAGGAUAAUCACAUAGAUAUUGUAAAAUAUCUCAUUGCUGAGGGUGCAAACAUUAACGCAGAAAGUAAUAAUCAGAUCUCAUCAAUCUAUCUGGCUUCAAUGAACGGUCAUCUUGAUAUUGUUAAAUGUCUGGUGAAAGCAGGAGCAGAUGUCGAUAAAUCGAAAGAUGGAUGGACACCUCUUCAUGUAGCUUCAGAUAACAAUCAGAUAGACAUUGUAAAAUAUCUCGUUGCCAACGGAGCAAACGUCAACAUAAUGGAUACCAACCAAAUUACAGUAUUAUGUUUCGCUUCAUCGGAAGAUCAUUUUGAAAUUGUUGAAUUUCUAGUGAAGGCAGGAGCUGAUGUUAACAUGGCCACAAAGGAUGGAAAAACAGCUCUUCAUGUUGCCUCUCAAAGAGGCUUUCUAGACAUCACGCAAUGUUUAAUUACGCAUGGGGCAGAUAUAGAGGCGCGCGAUGAUGACGGUUGGACAGCUUCUCAUUUUGUUGCAUCAAAUGGUCACUUAGAAUGUUUGACAUAUCUCUUGAGGGACAGAACUACCGAUAAAGUUGAUGAUAGUGACAACGCUCUUGGUGCAAGUAUACAGACGUUAAAUGGAGCCACACCACUUAUGCUUGCCGCGAGGGGAGGACAUGACGAGUGCGUUCGGAUGUUGCUUGAUAACAACGCAGACAUAGAGACAACAGAUAAUGAAGGGUGGACAGUUCUCCAUUAUGCAGCAGCAAGGUAAACAACAUAAUUAUGUACAUAAAGACUACUAAACAUCCUGGCCCGUAACCAUGUAUUGCUGGGGGUUCUUGAUUACAAAAA